AUGAAGUUCUCUGCUGCCGCCGUCCUUGCCGCUGCCGCUGGCGCCCACGCCUGGAGCAACGUGACCUACACCACCGAGGUCGUCACUGCCGUCACCACCUACUGCCCUGGUCCCACUGAGAUCAGCUAUGGCGGCACCACCUACACCGUCACUGAGGCCACCACCCUGACCAUCUCUGACUGCCCUUGCACUGUCACCAAGCCCAUCAUCACCACCUCGUCAGUGAUCUGCCACAGCUGCACCGGCUACGUCAACUCCACCGUCCCUGCCCCCACCUCCGGCGUCGUUGGCACCGGCAGCGCCCCCGCUGUCGUCUCUCCCACCGUCAGCCCCUCCGAGGUCCCCACCGCUGGUGCUGGCAAGGCUGCUGCCCUCUCCGGCGCCGGCCUCGCUGGUGUCCUCGGUCUCGCUGCCAUCCUCCUCUAA